AUGGCAAACGUAGCAGAUUCACAGGAAAUAUUGCUCUUGAUGAAGAGCCCUAAAAGACACAGAGGAAAAACAAGUCUGUACGUGUGUCAUCGGGAGAUGGCCGAAACAGAGCACCAGUCGAUGAAAUUCGCUGCCACCGUCAGAGUAAUGAAUAUCCUCAUUGACCAACUCCAGAAUCGUCAAGUGUCUACAAUGAGAGACAUCUACUACAAAGAUGUGACUCUCUUUAAGGGCAGGCAGGCCCAUCUGAAUAACGUGUUGGAUGCAAUUGCCAACUCCUUAAAUGUCCUGCUACAAAGUGACCUAGGUGUAUAUCCGACACCCAAGGGCGUGAUCUGGAGUAAUAAUCCCAUAGAGAUAACUGUGGGGGAGCAAAAGAAAAUGUCUUUUGACCCUUGCAACGAACCCUUGUUGAUUUGCCACAGGGAAACUCUGGAAAACUUGUCGGUGGUUGGUGACGUCGACAUGGUGGUUGUGUUCGAAAAAGAAGCAAUUCUCAAGUCUUUCAUGUGUUUUGUGAAGAAAAUCGCAACAGGUGUUAAAUUGAUCUUGGCAACAGGGAAAGGGUUUCCCGAUAGAGCCACGCUAUCUUUCCUUGGCGGUUUGCAAGCUUGCUUACCAUCCACGCCAAUGGUGUAUUUUGUGGAUUCAGAUGUUUACGGAUUACAGAUAUUCUGGAGCUAUAUGCAAAUGAGCGAGCUACUUGCCCAAAACGCCAAACUAGGCGGCGCGUUUAUUUGCGAUGAUAGAACUGAAUGGUUAACGAUGGAUAAGCGCGAGUGGAUCAGAAGUGUCAAUUUUUUGCAAAGGAACGCCCGUACGGAAUGUUGUCCGUCUGUUUCAGUGCCUGUGGAACAGCACUUGCAAUUGAUGGGCAGAGAAUUACGAAGAAGUCUCCUACUCUUCAAAAAAGCAGAAAUCAACGUCAUUAAAGACGACGAAGCACUGUUUCAAAGUGUCAAUCAGUAUUUGUGGAGUAAAAUCACAUUGUACGUGCCCGGAACAGGUGAUUUAACGUGA